GAAUAUCCGCAGUGGGGGAUGGAGUCUCGUCUUCCCCUACGACGAUGGCGGGCGCUGGCGAGCGGCUCCUCUAGCGCCUUGUGAGGUUCGUUUGUAGCAUCCAUCCUAGACGCCCGUGGCGAGGAUGAAGGGUUUUGCGCGCGAGCUAGGGGUUUCGCGACGCGCCUAGGGUUUGAUCGUCGCGGGGGAAGGAUUCUCGCCACGGAUUCCUGCCUCAAUGCCGGUGGAAUAGGGUUCCAGGAAUCGAGCGGCAUGGCCACGGAGCUUGAUUCGCAGGGCGCCACUUCGAAUUCCUGCAAUGGGGUUUGCGACGAGCUCACGCUGUCUCCCAGUUUUCUGGAGCACAGCUACACGCCAAUGCGCAUCACAAGGAGCAAGGCGUCUCUCCGGAUGGCGUUCGCUGUCAUCUCUGGAGGGGAGACUACUACCAAUGCUCCUACUGCAGCUCCAGUGAAGAAUGGGGCUAGCGUUUCCGGGAAGAAUGGCUCGAAUGGUUCCGUGAAGAAUGGUUCCUCCAAUGGUUCUUCUACCAGCGUUGUUAUCAGGAGAACCGGCAAAAGGAGUGUAAGCAGAGGCUUGCGCUCGGGAUGGAGUAGCAAGCCGGGGAAAGUGGUCGAUGCUCCAAAAGCCAGCCAGAAGAAGUCUGGAUCUACAGGAAGUAGAAGCCGCGGGUUAAGUCAGCUAAAGAUCUCAGCGGGAGAUGGUAGUGUCAAGCUAAAGCUCACAGCCGCGAAUGAUGCGGACAGUGGUCAUGGUGGCGAGGAUGUCUCAAGUGGAGUCACCGAAGGAGAGACGACGAGAACGAGUAACAAGGCCGAUGCUCCUGUUUUGACGAAAGUGAAGCCCUCUGCUGUUGGCUGGGUUAUGUGCGACGAUUGCCGGAAAUGGCGAUGCAUUUCUGCCGAGCUUGCUGAUUCUAUCGAAUCAUCUGAUAUUCGCUGGACUUGCCGAGAAAAUCCGAACAGGAAGUUUUCCGACUGUUCUGUACCUCAAGAGAAAAGCAAUGCUGAGAUCAACGCGGAACUAAACAUCUCGGAAAUAUCUUCUUCCGAGUGCGACGAUAAUGAACCCGCUGUUAACUCUAAAUGUGGAGUUUCAUGGACACAGAUUCGUCAUAACAUCUUUCAGCACCGCCAUCAAAAGACUCUUGACGACGAUGACACGUUAAUAUGCCUUUGCAAGCCACCAAAAGAUGGUAGUCCUGGGUGUGGAGAAGACUGUUUAAACCGAAUGGUGAACGUGGAGUGCUCACCGGAUACAUGCCCUUGCGGAGAGCGUUGUUCAAACCAGCAGUUUGGCAAAAGGGAGUAUUCCAAUGUCGCUCUUGUCAGGUGUGGCAAGAAAGGCUUUGGAUUGAAGGCGCUGGAAAACAUUGCAAAGGGCUCUUUCGUGAUUGAAUACGUUGGAGAGGUACUAGACAGUCGAUCAUUUGAACUGCGUCAGAAGGAGUACGCUCGUCAGAGACAAAAGCAUUUCUAUUUCAUGACACUUAAUAGUAGUGAAGUGAUUGACGCAUGCAGGAAAGGUAAUCUUGGACGAUUUAUCAAUCACAGUUGUGAACCCAAUUGUCAGACUGAAAAGUGGUGUGUGAACGGAGAAAUAUGCAUUGGUCUGUUUGCUAUUAGGGACGUUGCGAAGAAUGAAGAGAUUACAUUCAAUUACAACUUUGAACGACUUUAUGGGGCAGCCGCUAAGAAAUGUCACUGUGGAUCUGCUCAUUGUCGUGGCUAUAUUGGUGGAGAUCCUUCAAAUCCUAGGGACGUUGUACAGACUGACUCUGAGGAAGAUCUAGAGCCGAUUAUGCUGAAAGAUGAUGAGAGUGAAGACGAGGACAUCGUUGAUACUGAGGUUGUACAAGAAACACCAAAGUCUUGUACACCGCCUGAAGCAUUGUUUGAGGAGCCGAAGCCCGAACUACUGGUUAAAGAGAUUCCGAUACCCAAGCCGAAGCCUCUGGCUAAAGUGAAGCGACCAAAACCUUCUGGCCGACCGAAGAAGGUGCCAUUCAAAGGCUUCUUUUCGUCGAACAAAUCUGAGGGGUACAGACCAUCGCGUUACAGCGAAGUUGAGGAUAAACUUGAUAAGCUGCUUAACGAUAAAGGGGGGCUCGUAAAGAAAAAGGAAACUCCGAAACAGUACUUGAAGCUUUUGGUCAUAUCAACCGCGUCCGGGGACGAAUCGAAAGAGGGGACAUCUUGCAGUAUGCGGGAUCUUUCACUGCUUUUGGAUGCGAUGCUCAAGACGACAUCCCGUAGCAUUCUAACGGAAGUUAUUCAAAAGAACGGACUUCAGCUGCUUCACAAUCUGGUGAAGCAGAGCCGGAAAAGCUACACAAAGAUUCCAAUUCUUCGGAAGUUGAUGAAGGUUCUCGAGGCACUUGCUGAGAAGACGGUUUUGAAAAGCAAGCACAUGACGUCAACACCACCAAGGAACGGCAUGGAAAGUUUUGUAAAAUCAAUAUUCGAGCUGACACGGCACGACGAUAUAGAGGUUCAACAAAUCUCCCGCCGGUUCCAAAAGAACUGGUUACCUAACAUGUUUGACUUACUCGCGAAUGAGAAGUGUUCCGAGAGCCCAAAAUUCUGGGGUCCAGAGAGGUUUUCACAGAAAAGAGAACUUUUCCGUUCGUCGAAGCCGGAAGAAAAGCCCAGGAGACCUCUGCUGUUCAGAAACGACAGCAACGAUGCCGAGGGGAAGAACUCAACCUCGGAACAAGACCGCAAGAGAAGAAGGCGGAUGAGCCGGUGGGACGAGCUCCCUUCCACUCAGGAUCCCGUGCCUGCUUUGACGUCUUCGACGCCCUCGACGUCAACUCCGUCAACCCAGCACUCUUCCAGUCCUCUCCAAGAGCAGGCUGUGGCUCCCGCUCUCAUCGACGAGACAGUCACCGAGUUUGAUCGGGCCGAGCCGCCUGGGUACUCUUCGACGUCCCCACACAGCAAUAGAUACGAGCAGCCGAGGAGCUUGUCGCAGCAGCACAGCCAGCAGCACUACGAUCACUGCAGCAGCAGCAGCCAUCACCAGCAGUAUCAGUCUAGAGGGGAUCACUGGAAUGCUGCCCCUCCUUUCCGUCCUCCACAUCGUCCGGAAGCUGGGAAUGGCUACAUGGGAAGACACCAGCACCACUCACAGCAGGGACAGGGAUACCAUUAUCACAGUGAGAUGCCACCGAGGGGCUCGCAACACUCUUCUCCCUCGGGUCCAUAUCUUCCUGGAAUGCCGCCGCAGCACCAGCACCAGCACCAGCACCAAGCUCCAAAGUACCAAAACCAUCACCAUCAUCCACAACCAGUCCGGCCACCGCUCAACGGGUGCUACAACAAUGGCGCUCAUCACUUUGGACCGCCGCCUCACUAUCGAGGCACGGGUGGCUACUAUCCGGCACAGCAGCAGCAGGAAAACUCUUACCACCAUCACCAGCAAGCGGAUGAAGAGCCACCCGUGCCAGGUCUGUGAGUGGAAGCUCUCGAUUUGUUAAAUUUUUUUUUUGCUGGAUUCUACUUACACUUGAUCACCAAGGCUGGCAGUUUGAUUACCGUUUGUUUAGUCUUCGGGAAGAAAGGCAAAAAUUUCUUCUGGAUCGGUCCAGGAAUAAGAAUUCGCAACUGUAACACAAACACAUUCAAGAAAGAAGCCGAAUUUCUGUUUA